ACGUGCAAUAUUCAAGAUGGCGUCUGUCGCUCCAAAAGUGGGAAGGCAGUUGUCCUUCACGAGAAAGGUUUGGAAUGCAUUCCACGACUGGUACAUCAAUGCCUGUGGUUACAGACAACUUGGUCUUCGUAGAGGUGAUCUGUUAAAUGAGGAUGAUCCUGAUGUGAUUGAGGCCAUAAAGCGUCUUCCUUCUGAAGAGUUCAAUCUCAGACAGUUUCGUGUGAAGAGAGCACUUGAUUUGUCAAUGAAGCAUCAAAUUCUGCCAAAAGAUCAGUGGACAACAAAAGAAGAGGACACCAUGUACCUUCAACCUUAUCUCGAUCAGAUCAAGAAGGAAAAACUAGAGCGAGAAAUGUGGGACCAUCAGUAACAUACCAUGGGAUGUUUAUCUGCAUUCUUGACAGAAUUUAUUCUUAAAUCUUGUGUAAAUGACCUUCAGUUGUGGAACAAGUUGUGUGAACUGAAAUAUAAUUUGUGCCUCAGUUAAGAUUUUUCUUUGUAACUUUGAUGUGUUAAUUGACUAGGUUACAUUUUUGUGCAUGUUGGAAUAAAGAAUUCCAGAUUUCAAUAUUA